GUGGUGAGGACCGGGGCGGUUGUCCCUGGUCCCCGGGGAUGUGCGGUGCGACAGGAUCGUGGCCGCUCGGGUUGGUGCUGCUGGAAGUUUCCACCGGGGUCUCUCGUCGCUCUGGGGGAGCCGCCGCUCCGGGGUACCCCGCGAUCCGCUCGCUCCCACCCCUCAAAACCUCUCCCUCCUCCCCCAGGCCGGUCCUUCCCCAGAGUGCCUGCGCAUUCUCGGCAGCGCGGCCGUCCUGGAUCCCUUUAUUUUAGCUGCUUCUCCUCUUCCUCUUGCUUAAAUGCAGCCAAAGUGCCAGGGAAUUUCCCCCCGGCAUUAGGGAAGGAGCAAACAAACUCUGGUGCUGGCAAGUGGCUGUAACGCCCGCGCUGUCACAGGCGUGUCAGAGUCAGACCGGGAGUUAAAACAACAACAACAGAAAUCCUGGCCGGUUUAUUCUAAGACAUUGCUUGAUUUCCUGCUGUUAAUAUGUAAAUAUGCAGGUGUUUGAGCUCCUUUCUGCCUGGCUUUGAAUACUUGCUUACGGCCCUGACAAACAACUAGGGCUGCUACCAUUGGCGUGGCUUUUUCCCCUAUGACUCUGCUUGGCUUCAUAAUCCUGAGCAGCGUUUUUUUUUUUUUUGCAGUUGCCGAGGUCUUUCAUGGAUUUUAGGGGACUCUGAUUCACCUUCACGCUCAAGGCGCUAAUUAAAACCGCGGUAACUCGGGUCAGGUGUGUCAAUUGGCUUAAACUGAGUGCUGAAAGUUAGGAUCACAUUCACACACCCCCCCGGCACCCCCCAAAAAAGAAUCCAUCGGCCAGAUGGGAAGGGGAUUUCGGGGAGCAGAGACUCCCCUUCAGCUGGGAUACCUGAACGGAAGGUUUGUGCCCUGCCUGUCAGUUGCUGUGGUAUUUCCUCUCUCUGAGGGGGGCUGUGAGAAGGCAACAAGGAUAUCAUGGUGAUGGGGCUUGAAAUCAUGGUCUAAAAUACAGAAAACUUUUCCAGACCCCCCAAAAAAGGGGUUUUGUAGCUGCAUAAAUGCGCCUGUGCUGCUCAGGUUGCAGGAUGGGGCGUUGGUUGUGGCUGUGAGGACGGGCAGGUACCUUCCUGGCAGCAUUUGCCUCUGUCCCGGGCUCCUCCGCUGAGCUGGAAGCCAUAGAUCCUGCGGAGGACUGCCUGGCAGCUCCCCGAGGAGAAGGGCUUGUCCUGGUUAGGAAGGAAAAAAACCCAUCUCUCUCCCCUUUAUGUCUCUUGUAGAAUAUUGAAGAUAAUGGCACAGUUUCCAAAGUAAAUAAAUUCUUGUGAGAAGCGAAGGAGCGGCCUCUGAGCAAACCUACCAAUCGUGCUGGUGUGAGCGGUCCAGCUGGCUGCUAGCAGGCGUUUCCCCCGGCUGGACAUGGGGUCUCAUGGGCUGGCGCGGUUGAUCAAGAGACAGCAUGGCUGCGACUGCUGCCGUCAGCCCCAGUGAAUACCUGCAGCCGGCCGCCUCCACUGCCCAGGACUCCCAGCCGUCUCCUCUCGCCCUCCUCGCAGCGACAUGUAGCAAAAUUGGUCCCCCUGCAGUGGAAGCCGCCGUGACUCCUCCUGCCCCUCCUCAGCCAACGCCUCGCAAACUCGUCCCCAUCAAACCUGCUCCGCUCCCUCUGGGCUCCAGUAAGAACAGCUUUGGGAUUCUGUCGUCGAAAGGGAACCUCUUCCAGAUCCAGGGCUCUCAGGUCGGCACCUCCUACCCUGGGGGGCAGCUGGUUUUUGCCAUUCAGAACCCAACCGUCAUCAACAAGGGCACCCGCUCGUCCGCCAACAUCCAGUACCAGGCGGUGCCCCAGAUCCAGGCCACGGGGGGCCAGACCAUCCAGGUCCAGCCCAACCUCACCAACCAGAUCCAGAUUAUUCCGGGCACAAAUCAAGCCAUCCUCACCCCUUCCUCUUCCUCUCACAAGCCCGUGCCCAUCAAACCAGCUCCAGCGCAGAAGGGUGGAGCUUCGCCGGUGCAGGGCACAAGCAACGUGGUCAAGUUAGCCAGCGGUAGCAACGUGACUCUUACCCUGCCCGUGAACAACCUGGUGAACACCGCUGAGCCGGGCACGCAGGCUCAGAUCCUUGCAGAGAGCCCCUCGAAACCCAGCAAAAAGACUCGAAAGAAAGCCAUGUCACCCGCCCAGCCCGCCGCCGUGGCCGUGGCCGAGCAGGUGGAGACAGUGUUAAUAGAGACCACGGCAGAGAACAUCAUCCAGGCGGGCAACAACCUGCUCAUCGUGCAGAGUCCAGGCUCCGGCCAGCCGGCCGUGGUGCAGCAAGUCCAGGUGGUGCAGCCCAAGCAGGAGUCGCAGGUGGUGCAGAUCCCACAGCAGGCCCUGCGCGUGGUCCAGGCCGCCUCUGCCACGCUCCCCACCGUCCCCCAAAAAUCCUCACAGAACUUCCAGAUCCAGACGACGGAACCCACCCCUACCCAGGUCUACUUCAAAACGCCAUCGGGUGAGCUGCAGACAGUGCUGCUCCAGGAAGCCCCAGCCAUGACAGUGGCUCCGUCUGGGACCUCUUGCAGCAGCCCCGUGUCCCGCAGCUCCAGCACGGGGGGCAGCAGCAAGAAACCAGCCACACGCAAGGAACGCACUCUGCCAAAGAUCGCCCCCGCCGGAGGCAUCAUCAGCUUGAACGCAGCUCAGCUGGCAGCCGCGGCACAGGCCAUGCAGACCAUCAACAUCAACGGUGUGCAAGUCCAGGGCGUGCCUGUCACCAUCACCAACACCGGAGCCGCGAGCGUCGGGGAGAUGCCACAGGCAGAUGUUGCUGCUGUCUGCGCUGCUGCCCGCAACGUGCCGCAAGAUGUCGAGGGCCUUGCUGCAGCCCUGGCUGUGAAGGGGACCGAGCAGCGAUCCCGCUUGCUGAUGCUGACCCCAUCUUCUUCUUUCCAGCCCCCGUCACGGCUGCCGGGGGCCCCGCAAGGCCCAGGCUGCCGCCUCCGUGAGUGCCCGAGCGUGGAGCGGCCCUUAGGGUCCGGGAAGCACAUCUGCCACAUCCCCGAGUGCGGGAGGACCUUCCGCAAGACCUCGCUCCUGCGCGCUCACGUGCGCUUGCACACGGGCGAGCGCCCUUUUGUCUGCAACUGGGUCUUCUGCGGGAAGCGCUUCACACGCAGCGACGAGCUGCAGCGGCACGCUCGCACGCACACAGGUGACAAGCGAUUUGAGUGCGCGCAGUGCCAGAAACGCUUCAUGCGGAGCGACCACCUGACGAAGCACUAUAAAACCCACCUGGUCACCAAGAACUUGUAGGGCCGGGAGCUGCCCCACGGCUCCCUGGCUGCGUGGACAGAUCCGGGCCCCCCGCCUGCCACGCCGCAGCGCUCCAGCGGCCGCCCUCGGAGAGGAGCCCUCGGGGACAUCCUCCUGUCCUGCCGUCCUCCCGUCCCG